AGCUUAAUUUGUAUAAGCCGCAAAGGAAAGAAGAACGUCAAAAAAAAUGUGGGCAGUUGUAGCAGGUGCAGUAGCAGUGAUUACCAUAAUAUAUAGUUUAAGGCAAUGGAGAAACCCAGAGUGCAAUGGGGUGCUCCCUCCCGGUUCAAUGGGCCUUCCUUUUAUUGGAGAAUCUCUUGAGUUGCUCGUUCGCAGUUACUCUCUCGACCUCCAUCCAUUCAUCAAAAAGAGAGUUCAAAGAUAUGGCGCCAUAUUUCGAACAAGUUUGAUAGGUAGGCCGGUUGUGGUGUCGACGGAUCCAGAGUUGAACCAUCUGAUCGCAAGACAAGAAGGGAGGUUGGUUGAAAUGUGGUACCUAGAUUCAUUUUCCAAGCUUCUGAAGAUGGAAGGUGAAAAUAAGAUAAGUAUGCUUGGUCUCAUCCACAAGCACACAAGGAGCAUUGCUUUGAAUCACUUUGGUGCUGACAGAAUUAAGAAAAGUUUGCUUCCUCAAAUUGAACACUGUGUUAACAAAACCCUUAGAGAAUGGUCACGUCAGCCUUCUGUCGAAGUCAAACGUGCGGCUUCAGUCAUGACAUUUGAUUUCUCUGCAAAGUACUUGUUUGGUUAUGAUGCUGAGAAAUCUCCUGUGAAUAUGAGCGAGAAGUUAUCCAAUACCUUGAAAUCUUUGAUGUCAUUUCCUUUAAAUAUACCUGGUACUGCAUACCAUAAGUGUUUGAAGGAUCGAGAAGAAUUUCUGAACAUGCUGAGGAAUAUAACAGAAGAGAGGCUCGCUUCACCCGAGAAACAUCGUAGUACUGGAGAUUUCCUUGAUCAAGCCAUAAAUAUUGAAGGGGAUAAUGAUCAGAAAGUCUUUUCAUCAGAACUCAUCAUUAAUAUCCUGUUUGCGCUUUCAUUUGUUAGCUUUGAUUCGAUUUCAACACCGUUAUCAUUGACUAUCAAGUUGCUUGCGGACCAUCCUUCAGUUCUGCAAGAGUUGACGGCAGAGCACGAGGAAAUUCUCAAAAAGAGGGAGAAUCCAAAUGCCAUACUCACAUGGGAUGAAUAUAAGUCGAUGACUUUCACCCUAUAUGUCAUCAAUGAAACUCUCAGGUUGGGAUUUGUUGCUCCUGGUUUACUACGAAAGGUCCUCAAAGAUAUUGAAUACAAAGGAUAUACAAUUCCGGUUGGUUGGACUGUUAUACUUGCAAAUCCUGCUCUUCAUUUACACCCCAACACAUACAACGACCCACUUACUUUCAAUCCAUGGCGUUGGAAGGAUAUAGACCGAGAUGUUGUGUCUAAGAAUUUCAUGCCUUUUGGAGGAGGAGUCAGACAGUGUGCAGGGGCAGAUUAUAGUAAAGCUUUCAUGGCUACCUUCCUGCACGUCAUGGUCACCAAGUACAGGUGGAAGAAAGUCAAGGGAGGAAACAUCGUUCGAAAUCCUAUUCUAGGAUUUGUGGAUGGCAUCCAUGUUAAUGUCUCAGAGAAGCGUGAUUAAAAGAUUAUGCUCUUAUUUCCUGCAUAAUGUUAUAUAAUUGAAUACUCAUCAAGAUCAGAGGUUGCUAUCUAUUUCUCCCCAAAAUAAUUGGAUGAUGAUUAUCCAGGCGUAACUCCAUAUAUAUAUAUAUAUAUAUAUAUAUAUAUCAUGUACUUGCCGUUUCUGUCUUACAUUAAUUUCCUGUUUCUAAUGUAUUUGAUGUGGGAGGAAACGUGUUAUUACGAUGUUGAUGUGAGGAAGCAAGUUAUGUUUUCCUAGCUGAAUAAAUUGUUCCUAGAUUACUCUA